AUGAAGGAAGAUGUUCAGACAUAUAUGUCAAGGAAUGUGACACGUGCUAGAGGAACAACCUACCACCCACAGUCUGAUGGACAGACAGAAGUUGUUAACAGACCACCCCCUUAUGAGGCUCUUUAUGGCCAACCUCCACCACUUCACUUACCACAUAUGGCAGGUGAUUUAGCUAUGAAAGAGGUGGACAGAAGUUUGUUGACAAGAGAAUUCAAAUAUCAGUUGUUGCAAUAUCACUUACAAAGAGCACAACAGAGAAUGACUGACCAAGCUAAUAAACAUAGAAGUGAUAGGCAAUUUAAAGAAGGGGACUAUGUUUACCUCAAAAAACAGCCUUAUAAGCAUGUGACACUUUCAGGAACUCACUUCUCCAAACUCUCAGCAAAAUACUAUGGUCCAUACCAAAUCUUGCAAAAGGUUGGUAAUGUUGCAUAUAAGCUAUCCAUGCCUUCUCAGCUCCUACUUCAUCACACAUUCCAUGUAUCUCAACUUAAGCCAUGUUAUAAGCUACCUGACACCAUUUCACACCCACCAAUAAUCGAUAUAUCCAGUUCAUAUUGCCCUCAACCUCAGCAAAUUCUCGAUAGAAGGAUGAUCCAAAAGGGAAACAAGGCUGUUGCAAGUAUUGGUUCAAUAGGAUAA